AGCGGUUCCGAUAACACCACCUUGUAUAAAUUCGCCUUGGGGUAGAAAGAAUUGCACUGCGCUUGUGUGAUUUCCGUCAAAUUCUUGUUGGACAUUAGACAUGGAGUGCAAUCAGAGUUUUAUUGAACACAUCACAGGUCGAACGUAAAUCAGUUUACAAGAUAAAUGUAUCGGAAUUCUUCACAGUUUAACAACGAAAGUGAAAUAGAUUUCUCGCCUUUGUGUACGUGCGCGUUCGGUACGGGGAGAGAGCUGGUGAUACGCGACUAAUAAUUUAAGACACCACUGGAAUUGUCGAAAACUAAUAGUUCAGUGUUAUGUAGUCGCGUUUUAAUUGAUGAAUUAUUUAUUUUGAAGUAAUUUUUAGCAGCUUUUAUUCAUUUUUAUUAUAAAUCUGUUCCUGCUCGCGCCUAUCAUCUGGUUAGUACUUACCUUGCUAGCACAAUUGAACAAACCAGCGAGUGUAUCUAAGUAAAAAGUUCCUUUAUUUCCGCUCGCAUAGUCAAAAGCGAAAAUACUCACAGCAACUCGCAUAAGAAUAAUAUCGUUCAAAGUUUAAUUUCCGACAGAGAGUUUUGAAUGCUAAUGCGCUUACACUUUAUUUAAUUCAAUGAACAUCCAAUCAAAAUCUAAAUCAAAAUCAACCAAUUCAAAAACAUAAGAAAAUUCUCCAUCAAUUAAAUUAGCAACUUGUCGCAACGUUCAUAUUCGUUCAAAUACACCUUAUCAACAUGACGCAUUGGGAGGACUUUUAUAAUACUCAUUUGCCGCCAACGGAUUUUGAAGAUAAUCGCUCGUUAUUGAAAGAGUUUUGUGAACGACACAAUAAACUGAAAAACCGUAUCGUCCUUGUCACGUCAGGUGGCACCACAGUACCUCUGGAGCACAAUACCGUUAGAUUUGUAGACAAUUUUAGUGCCGGCACACGCGGCUCAGCAUCUGCUGAAUAUUUCCUUGACCAUGACUAUGCCGUGAUAUUUAUGUAUCGCGUCAAGUCUUUGGAGCCAUUCACUCGCCACUUUACGGGCCAACAAUUUUUCGAUAUGCUCGACAUUACCGAUAAUGGACAGAGUACUGCAAUAACAGUGAAACCGGAUUCAGUUGAUGUAUUCGCACCAAUAUUAGCUAAAUAUAAGCAAGCGCGCGAAUCACAAAUGAUUUUAUAUAUUAGCUUUAAUACGGUUGCGGACUACUUGUGGCUGCUGCGCGCUGCGUGUGAAUGUUUGGCGGCAUUUGAAGAGCGUGCAUUGUUGUAUUUAGCGGCGGCAGUGUCGGAUUUCUAUAUUCCUCAAGAUAUGAUG